UACAGUUUGUGUAUUCCUGGGUAAACUUGUGUCAGAAGCUAGAAGGCAGCCAUAAGGCAUAAUACUCGAGAAUUAAACGGAGGACUAUUUUAACAUUUACAGUACAAUACCCUAACGUGGAUACAACUUACGCAGGGCACCAUUGGUACCAUCAAAUUAAUUUGUUUAGAGCCUGUUCUGAUCUUACACAGGGACACAAAAUCAUAGGUUUUGACAAGAGUUUUGUCACCUCUUACCACGUUUAUUACAGUUUAUAACCAUUUGUUUGGCAUCGUAAAAUUAUUAUUGAUCGUGAUGAUCAUUUUCGAUCACGAUAAAUUAAGUAAGGAAUAAAUUUAGAUUCAUUUAAGCUUAUUAGAUUGAUAAAGUUUAUUUAACUUUGGAGAAAUGGCGGAUGAUGAUUUUGAUGGAGACGAGGUUGCAGAUGAUUUUGAUGAUGUUGAUGACGACGAUAAUAUAGAAUUAGAACCUCAGGAAGAGGAUGGAGAGAAUAUAGAAUUGUUAGCAGCUGGCGAAGCUACUGGUGGUGUGCAAAGAUCAAAAAGGAUUACAACUAGAUACAUGACAAAAUAUGAACGAGCAAGAGUUUUAGGAACAAGAGCAUUACAAAUAGCCAUGUGUGCACCGGUAAUGGUAGAAUUAGAGGGAGAAACAGAUCCCUUGCAAAUUGCAAUGAAAGAAUUGAAGCAAAGGAAAAUUCCGAUUGUUAUCAGACGCUAUUUGCCUGACAAUAGUUAUGAAGAUUGGGGCAUAGACGAAUUAAUUAUAAUAGAUCAUUAAACUAUAAUUGAUACUGUAUAUUCAAAUCAACUUUCUAAAAUAAUUUAAGAAGUGGUGGAAUUUAUUGUAUCAAUAGUGUUUUAAUUUCUGUAUGUUAAGUACUUGUAUAAAAAAAAAAAAUAAAUAGUAAACGUGGA